GAGAACCACAGCGCCGUGAAAUGAAAGGUUUUCUUUUCUUCAGAGAGAAAAGCCGAAGUCAAUGGCUCCUGCAAUCAUACCCACCUGCUUCAGGUCGUCUUCUCUUCACAACCUCCUUAACGGUUUCAAAACAAGCAAAAUUCCCAUCACAUCCCGAUUCAUCCACCGUCAGGGCAAAUUAUUUUCGACAAACAUGAAGGUCACCGACCAUGUCUGUAACUUUCAGUUCAAGGAGUACAUGGCCGCCAAGGCCAAAAGGGUGAACAAAGCACUUGAUGAGGCAGUGCCUCUGCAUCAUCCAACAAAACUCACUGAGGCUAUGAGGUACUCUCUUCUUUCAGAAGGAAAGCGAGUUUGUCCUGUUUUAUGUAUUGCUUCUUGUGAGCUUGUGGGAGGAGAAGAGUCCUCAGCAAUGCCUGUGGCCUGUGCUAUUGAAAUGAUCAAGACUGUUUCACUCAUUCAAGAUGAUCUUCCCUGUAUGGAUGACGACGAAACCCGGAGAGGCAUGCCGGCGAACCACAAGGUCUUCGGCGAAGACACGGCAAUCCUCUGCGGCGACUCUCUGAUCUGUCUUGCUUUCCAACACAUAGCAGAUAAAACCACAAACGUUUCACCCAGGAGAAUGUUACAAGCUAUCUCUGAGCUUGGUUCAGCAUCAGGAUCAAAAGGGCUCUCUGGAGGGCAAUUUCUUGACCUGAACAGCGAAGGGAAAAUGGUUACUUUGAGUGAAUUGGAGUAUAUCCAUACCCACAAGACAGCAAAGUUAGUUGAAGCUUCGGCUGUGUGUGGGGCAAUAAUGGGAGGAGGAAGUGAGAAUGAAGUAGAGAGAUUGAGGAAGUAUGGAAGAUUUAUAGGGUUGAUGUAUCAAGUAGUGGAUGACAUAUUGGGAGUGACCAAAUCUUCUGAAGAAUUAGGAAAAACUGCAGGGAAGGAUCUGUUAUGUGAUAAGGCUACGUAUCCAAAACUGAUUGGUGUGGAUGGGGCUAAGAAGUUUGCGAGCGAGUUAUUGGAUAAGGCUUUAGUUGAACUUUCCUACUUUGAUGCUGAAAAGGCUGCUCCUUUGUAUCACUUAGCUAACUAUUUUGCCAAUAGACAAAAGUAGCAUUUUUCAUUCU